AUGGCUUCUGUGCGUUCGCUACCGUUGAUACCAUGGUCGCACAUCAAGAUACUCUCAGAGCGGGAUUCCACCAACAUAGCCAGUCACGUCUUACCAACCAUCGCAGAUCUCAUGAUACUAGGCUACAUCGGCGAGGCGAAUCAACUAGUAUCGUUUCUCUACGAGAACAGCCUGAAAUUCGAAGUACGAGAGUGGAUGUAUCUUGCAUGGGCGAGCUCGAAUAACUUCCCCGAAGUCCUAGGAGAGAGCCAUUCGGAGGACCGAAAAAAUUGGUUUGAAGACGAUGAGAUUAAAGAAAGGAGACUGAACGGUUUUGGAAAGCAGACAGGAUGGCCUCAGCGGCUGCGAAGUGCGUAUCCGAAUUUCGUGAAAGCAGAUCUGGAAUAUGCGACUGAGGCUGUUGAGGAUGGCAUGCUGCGAAAUGACGGGGCUGCCGUGGAGGUAGCGUUACGGCUCGGUGAAAAGGAGGCAGCGGAGAAGGUUGUUAAAGAGCAAGUUGUGAAGAAGUUUCGGAUGUUGGAUGAGAAGAAAGAGAGCAAGAAUAGAUCCGAGAUGGAGAAGUUGAGAAGGAGUAGACAUCAGAUUUUAGAGAGCCGAAGAAUUUGGGGCAUACUCGACACUAAAGUCGUGGGUAAAAAGCUUGGAGUUGAUGAGAGUGCAGUUGCAGAGUACGUUACUCAAGGGGUAGAGUUGAUCAAAGAACGAUUGAACAAAGGUCCAGCUCGUCCGUAUGCCGAUAUGACGAUACCAGAUUUACUGAAACUCAUGGAUGAGAGCUAUAUCGCAGCAAGGAAAGCGAACCCGGAAGCUGGAUCGCAUAUGAACAUCAUUGGGCAUUCCCUGCCAAAGACUUUCUUGAAGGAUCCAGCGACGGAUGAAGAGAUCACGGCCCUGGAAACGAAACUAGGCGAAAACGAAGAAAACUGGUCAAAAGACGAGCCUUUCAAACUUCCUGAAGACUACAAAUCGUUUCUGCGAGCUUCCAAUGGUUUCUAUGUUGAUGUUCCAGAUGAUACCUGCGGCGAAUUCUACGGCACUUCUGCGGUGGAGUGGGAUGACGGCUUUAUAGCGGACCUGGAGCCUGAACUUCUCCCGAAUGAUCACAACACAAAUUCGGAAGACAUGGACCCGAUACAAAUACCUGAACCGCGGGCCUUUUCCGUCAGUGCUGGCGGUGAUGAGGGGAAUAUAUGGAUGGUACACCCGGAAUGUCUUAAGGCUGCGCUUGAGCUUUUUGAAGAAGCGUACGAGAACGCCUCCGAGGAUCAUCAGAGGCUGUACGAGAGAGUGGCUAACGACCUAUAUGGCGGGCUGGAGGAAAUGAGAAACAUGAAAUGGCUGGUUAUGAAGGCCUAUCAUUGGAACCCGGAACCGCAGCCGUAUAGGGAGUUUAGAGGCUAUCUGGAAGAAGCGGUCAGGUACGCUGUCGACCAAAGGGCAGAUGAUGAGGUGGAGAAGGAGGAAAGUGAUAAGCGUGGAACGAAGCGAAAGCACGAUGACCAAAACGAAGGAUACGACGAAACGGGAGAAGAGGAAGACGAGGGCGACGCGGCAAAAGAUGAGGACAGUUCGGAAGAUGAUGAAAAAGAAGGCGAGGGCGAAUAUUCGGUAGACUAG